AUGUCUACACUAAACGGAUCAGCAUAUAGUGUCUACGUCGCAUUCUGUCGACCACGACAUGAGUUCGCAUCGCACUGGACCAUCCUCCUUUCGCACCCCGGUUCAGCACUGUGUACAUGGUACCACGUAGCCGGAGGACCAGCACGGAGCAAACCAUAUAGAUUCGAGGUCAAAGACGUGCAGCGCCUGAACAAUCCUAAUUUUGCGGAGAAAAUAUGGAUCUCCGGUAUACCCGCGGACCACGCCUCAGAACUGGAAGAGAUAGCCGAGAGUAUUUCCCUGCAAGAGUCCCAGAGCUGGACUGUUCGGGUUAUUCAGCGCCUUGAGCAACGAGGUCUUGUUCCUAGAGGUACCAGUGCUCAGUUUCUCGAGCCGUACGUUGGUACUAAUUGA